UAUUUGCGGAAGAUGCGUCCACGUUCAUAAAAAUCUCUUAAUACCAAUACAUCCAUGAUAGAAAUAUGUUCCAGUUCAACCUGAUAUUAACAAAGCAUUUUGCAUGCCCUUGUCGUAGCAACGCUUUUAUUUUCAGUUAAAGUAUGUGCAGACUUUAGUGACAGAAACUUCUGGAUCGCUCUGCUGCGCUCUAGAUGCCGCAAGCAGUCAGCGGGCGUCACCGUUUGUUGUGACGGCGCAAACCGGUGAAGCGACCAAUGAGUCAGCAGCUGAUCGGGGCUAAUUUUACCUAACGAACCUAUAUAUAACGACAGCAGCCCUGGUGAACACAUCUGCACAAGAGACCUGCUAGUUUUUUACCAAGUCGUUCGGUUUUUAGAGCUAACAAUGUCAGUUCCAGUAGCUGCAUUACAACUGAGCACAUCAUCCAGCCCGGGUCUGCUGGAGCACAACAUUCACAUCAGCGACAUAGAUUUGGAAAGGAUUUCCAGUGACAAUGAAAACGACACUCUGCCUUUACAUUCUCCGUGGACUUUCUGGCUUGAUAGAUCUCUACCAGGAGCAACAGCAGCUGAAUGUGAGUCAAACCUGAAGAAAAUCUACACCGUGGAGACCGUCCAGAACUUUUGGAGAGUUUACAACAACAUACCCAUUGUCUCCAGCUUGCCAUUGAGAUGUAGCUAUCAUCUGAUGAGAGGAGAAAGAAAACCACUCUGGGAAGAAGAAAGCAAUGCUAAAGGUGGUGUUUGGAAGAUGAAAGUACCCAAAGAAUGCACCUCUGUUGUCUGGAAGGAGUUGCUAUUGGCUACUAUUGGAGAACAGUUCAUUGAUUUUUGUGCCUCAGAUGAUGAAGUAGUCGGGGUCAGCGUCAGUGUAAGAGACAGAGAAGAUGUGUUUCAGGUCUGGAAUGGAAACGCUUCUUGUGCUAACGAGUCCAACAUCUUAGGAAGGAUCAAUGAGCUCCUUCCACAAAUACCUUUUAAAGCAGUGUUUUACAAACCACAUGAGGAGCACCACGCUUUUGAAGGAGGUCGAAGACAUUAGCACAUAUUGCACAUCAGGAGUCUUGAGAUAUAUAUGUUUUUUUUUUUACUUUUGAACAUGUUUUGGAUAAUAUUUGGGCACAUUUUGAAGCAAUUGAGUUCAUAGUUGCUUAAUGUAUUAUCUUAAAACUAGGGUAGGCAUUUUUCUUUUGGUGUCAUUAAAUACAAAGUAAUAACCUUUCAGCAUAUUGUAAUUCAAGUGGUCUGAGAGAAAACCAGACUUCUGCACCUCCUCUUGGCUCUGUUUUUCGGUCUUUAGAAAAUCUUGCCCGUGAUGGGAGAAUUUGGCCAAUCACAGGUCAUUUCAGAUAAAGUGCAUUCCUAUUGGCUGGUUUACAAAAGUAGAUGCAUGUGUACGUUCCUUCAGAUGGUGAAAGCCUGAUUCAAUGCUGGAUAAUACGGCAGAAAAAGUUGCUAUUACAGCAUUGGCAGAAACUGCCUAUGGUGCAAAGCAACGCAAAAAAAUGGAAGACAGGCAAUAAAGGCAAUAAAACGUGCGUCAAUAUCGGCGAAGCAUUUCAGAGAUGGAGAGAAAAUGUUGCUAAUAGUUUAGCCUUCUGCAGUCACAGUCACAAUGAAGAUGAUAUGCCGGUGCUCGUCUGGUGGGAGGGGCUUAGGACAGAGAGGGAGAGCUGCAGAAGGAGGGCUGUUUUGGUUGUUGUUGCCUUUUUCAGAAAACUGCCUACACCGGCUUUAAUUACAGUACAUUAAAUGUAGCCCAUGUAUUAUGAUUCUCAAUCAAUGGAAUUUCCCAUCUUCUGAGCACAUUCAUAAUUUUUUUUUAGUCGUAAACAAAAAAACAUUUCAGUUUGAUUUUAUCUGUGGCAGUGUUUGUGUGUUUUUAUACUUCCACAUUUUGCAACCAAAACAGCAGAUCAUGUACAUGUCAGGAUUAUUUAGAUGUAUUAUAGCAUAUUGUGUGCAGUUUGCUGAGCACAGACACAGCUAGGUCUUUGAAUUAAAUCUCAUUUUUAGAUCUAAGAGGAGCCCUAGUUUCACAAAGCAAACCUUUAUCUUAACAAUGCGUUGCAAGGCUUUUCUAGGGAGCUCUUUUCUCCGUUUUGUAUGUUACAGCCAAAUACUGUUGCCUAACAUAAAUCUUUAGAGAUGAAAAUUGCACAUUCGUUUUUUCUUUUAUUUUUUAGGAUAUCAGCGGAUUGUAAAAGAAAAUAUGUUCUUGUUACAAUAAAAUGACCUCAGCGCACAAAAGUAGAUGCUGAGAAAUAUAUGCAAUCAUUUCUAUUCUGUAGAAUUUGAAGCAAAUUGGCAGUGUUGUGGUUGUCAUUUUGUUUAAGCAUCUGUCCCAAAUCAAGCACUUUGUGUGUGUGUGUGUGUGUGUGUGUGUGUGUGUGUGUGUGUGUGUGUGUGUGUGUG